GUCUAUUUCUUAUUUUUUAUUUAAUUAUACAUAACUUAUAAUAGUUGGUGGUUACGAAUACUAAAUCUUGGUUAGUGUAGAAAAAUAAUUAUGUAUAAUGUACAAGUUUAAUAGCCCGUAUAGCCAGAUUAUUUGGGGUAAGUUAAGUCUGUCGGGGGCAAUGUGAAAUCCAGCGUGCGGUUCAAAUGGUAACAUACAUGCUUCCAUAAAACUACCCAACGUCGUUCGGAAGACUCCUCUGCUACAAAUGCACCUUCCUCUCGAGCAUAAUCGAGUUGAGUUUUGAGUUCCUCAACGACCCGUGAAGUCAAUCAGAGGUUAUCAUCUUCGAGAAGUCGUACCUCGGAAGAGCCUCGCCUCCUCAAAACAAUCGGCAAAGGCAAUUUUGCAAAAGUCAAGUUGGCAAAGCACCUUCCAACACAUCCCAACUCUUGGAACCGCCAGCAGAAGUCUUCCCUCCCACCUCCUCCUCGUCGACGUCCGAGGAUAGCAAAUCUUGUUCGUCGUCAUCUGAACUUGAACUCUCAGAUUUAACUUGGUGGCUUUCUCCAUCUUCGUCCUCGAGAUUAUAAUUUUCUCUUCGUCGUCAUCGUCAUCCGAGGAUAGGGAAUCAGGUGCAUUGGGAAAUCGAAGUGUGUAAACUGCCUUGUCUUUCUCUCAACAGCGUGCGGUUUAAACGCAUCUGCGGCACUUUUAUUGGACUUCUCCCACUCCAUCAUGGGGAUUCCAGGGCUUCAUCCAAAGAUUGCCAAUGCCACGGUCCCAUGCCACCUGAAAAGGUUCUUCGGCAGAGUGGCAGCCGUCGACACCUCGGCCUGGAUCCACCGAUGUUGGCAAGUGUCUGGCUCGCCGUCCGCCAGCGUCCGGUUUGUUUUGAGGAGAGUGGAGUUGCUGCACCGCCUCAACAUCAAGCCCCUGAUGAUCUUGGACGGACGCACCCCACAGGCAAAGGAAGAAGAAGUUGCCCGGAGGACAGGAGGACACUGUCCACCCCCCAAACGUCUCAUCUUGAGGAGUCUCGUCAAGAAAUUCCGCAAGAUGAGAGUGGACUACCUCGUCUCGCCCUUCGAGGCUGACGGACAGCUGGCCUUCGUGGAAAAGGUCGAGAUGGCGGACCUCAUCAUCACCGAGGAUGGAGACACCGUGGUGCCGGGGUGUACGAAUAUCUUCUUCAAGAUGAACGCGGAGGGCGAGGGAUUUUGGUUCACUCGGUCACUUCUGUACCGAUGUGUACCUGGAUUCACCUCCGAGUCCUUCAACUUCACCGGAUUCGUGUUUUCCUGUGUCGCUGCUGGAUCCGACUACAUGAAGUCGCCAUAUGGAGUCGGGAUCGUCACUUGCCUCAAGGUCCUCCAGCAAUUCCCUCAAGUCGAGGACAUGGAUGAGUUCAUCUUGAUGCUGCGUGGAAACGUCCCUCAAAUCGAAGAACAAGAUGAGGAGGAAUACCGACAACGCUUUCUUCGUGCUGUGCAAAUGUUCCAGCAUCAGAUAGUUGUGGAUGUCGUGGAGAAGAGGCUUGUUCCGGUAUCCGCUGUGGAUGUUGGUGUGGUUCCUUUCGCGGACGAGUAUUUUGGAGAUGAGUUGGGGAUGGAGGUGGCCAAGGGAAAUGUUGACCUGAACACGAUGCGGGCUGUGGAUGACUUCGACCCGUCAGCUGCUGAGAACUUUGGUCAGGAUCGUACAUCAAUUUGGCAUCCGAAUUACGACCCGACCAAGAGAAUCCAGCACGAAAUGCAGCCUCUCAUCAUCCCUCCGUUUCUUCCCCGCAAGUUCAAAUGCACCAGGUGCCAGAAGGGCUUCAAGACGAGGGAAAAGCUGCUUCUCCACUUGGCCACUCCUCACCCUAAGCUCUUCCACUGCCUCCUGUGCAACUAUUCGUGUUACCGUUCCGGCACUCUUCUUCGCCAUACGAGGGGCGUUCAUCAAGAGGAGAGACCCUUCCAGUGCCCCCUUUGUCAACGAAGGAUGAAGAUUGGGGCCAAUCUUGAUACUCACAUCCGAUGGCAUGCCGGUGGGCGGAACUUUAAGUGCCACCUCUGCAGUUUCCUAUUUACCAACAAGGGGAACAUGCAGGUCCACAUUGCUCUCGUCCAUGAGAAGAAGAAGGAUGUUGUUUGUGGGAAAUGCGGAGCAGAUUUUGGACGGAAGUCGGAUUUGAAGGUCCACGACAAGGCCAAGCAUCAAGGAGUGAAGUUUCCAUGUCCCCGCUGUGGCGAAGAAUUCACAGCUCAGUCAUCAGUCUCGAACCAUAUCAAGGCUGUUCACGAAAAGAUCAAGGACUUCCAGUGCGACGUAUGCGGCUCAAGUUUCGCCAAGAAGGCGCAUUUGGAUAGACACACCAAAGGAGUCCACCUUAACCUGAGGCCGUUUGCCUGCGAUUGCGGUUCUACUUUCGCCAACGCUUCGCACUUGAAGCGGCACAAGGCCCAGAGCUGCGCCAUGCAGCAAUAAUCACCUAAAUACUUAUUUAAACACUUAAUUUUAGUCAAUCGUGAAAUAACCACCAACUUUAAUUUUAGUUCGAGGUCAAUUAAGUAGCAUGUAAAGGUCAUACUAAAGGUCAAGGUCAAAUU